AUGCUUUUGAAUCCAUUACCUUUAGUUCAAAUCUUCCUUUCUGCCAAAUGUCUCCGAGCAACUAAGCUGAAGCGUAGUCCUAGGGAUAUCCGUUGGACUGUAUUGUACCGAAUCAAGCACAAGAAGGGAACCCAUGGUGUGGAACAUGUCCAAAAGAAGAAGAUAAAGAAGGCGACUACCACCCUCAACCGUGCUGUCGCUGGAAUGUCCCUCGAAGCAAUCCUUGCCAAGCGAAACCAGACCUCUGAUUUCCGACGUCAACAACGUGAGCAAGCAGCCAAGGCCGCCAAAGAAGCGAACAAGGCAGCAAGAGCAGCUAAGGCCGCACAAAACAAGGUUUGUGUUUUGUCCGAUUACGAUUUCACUAUAAUUCACUGGUUUUUCUCUUCUUCACUAGAAACUGCUGGAAUUUUGUCUCCUUCAUUCGCACAUUAUUAG